CGUGACUGUGCGGGAGCAGCCUGUGGGUCUAUGAUUUGUAAUUGACGUCAUUAAUUGAUCGGAGCAGCUCGCGGUUUGAGGCUCCAGCGCCCAGACUGUAGUGAAGCGUCCUCCCCCUGCGUCCACACAGUGCACAGCGGUCUCCAGUGAGUCCGAUCCGGUCUGUGCUGCUCCGUAACGACUGUCCCUCUGACUGCUCCUGAGAGGAGUGAACGUCUCUGAUGCCAUUAGACGCGGACACCAGCCAAUGAGGGAAAGCUUAAAAAGUCGUUUUGGAAACUCAACGGUACCUUAAUUGGAUCAGGCGGAUUCGGGUAAUUCUACACUUGUUUGCCGAGUUUUCAGAUGGCGCUUUUAAAUGGUGAAGAUGUUGCAUUCCACUCCAACAUACCUGUGCCACUGGAUAUAAUGGUGGCUGUGGUCUACUUUAUAUUCGGGGUAUGUUCGCUGUUUGGCAACAGCACCUUGCUGUACAUCUCCUACAAGAAAAAGCACAUCUUGAAACCCGCCGAGUACUUCAUCAUCAACCUCGCUGUUAGCGACUUGGGCCUGACUCUGUCCCUCUACCCUAUGGCGAUAACUUCAAGCUUCUACCACAGGUGGCUGUAUGGGAAAACGGUGUGCUCCAUAUAUGCAUUUUGUGGCAUGUUGUUUGGCAUCUGCAGUCUGACCACUCUAACCCUGCUAAGCAUGGUGUGCUUUGUGAAAGUAUGUUAUCCGCUCUAUGGGAACAGGUUUAACUCUGUUCAUGGCUGUCUGCUCAUUGCCUGUGCUUGGGUCUAUGCCCUGUUGUUUGCCUGCUCUCCACUGGCCCAUUGGGGGAAAUACGGACCAGAACCUUAUGGCACUGCUUGUUGCAUUGACUGGCACCUGUCCAAUCAGCACAGCACAGCACGUUCCUACACUGUGGCACUGUUCAUCUUCUGCUACAUCCUUCCAUGCUGUGUGAUUGUAGCAUCCUACACAGGCAUUCUCGUCACACUGCAUGCGUCCCGCAAGAAUAUGGAGCAGCAUGCAUCGAGACAGACACACAUGAGCAGCAUCCAGACAGUUAUUGUUAAGCUAAGUGUUGCUGUCUGCAUUGGUUUCUUUGCGGCAUGGAGUCCAUAUGCCGUGGUGUCCAUGUGGGCUGCCUUUGGACACAUUGAGAACAUCCCUCCUCUGGCAUUUGCCAUGCCAGCCAUGUUUGCCAAGUCCUCCACUAUCUACAACCCAAUCAUCUACCUAAUGCUCAGGCCAAACAUCCGCAGGGUGAUGCGCAGGGACCUGGGUACUCUAUGUCAUUCCUGUAUGAAGGGCUGCCACUGCUCAGAUGGGCCAGCUAAAUGCUGCUCCAAACCUGAGGUCAGGGUCAGACUCCGCACAGUCCACAGACACACCAACCAUUGCCCUUCAUCCAACUCCUCUGCUCAGCCUCCUGUAGUAGCUUUAAAAGACCACAAUUGUGAAAAAUGUAAGGAUACUUUUGAAUGCUUCGGGCACUACAAUCAAAAUUGUGGUAUUGCUACCCCUACUGCCAGUGGAGAUCACAACACUCCAGUUUCCCACAAACAAAAAAAGAAGACUCAGAGUGUGUGCCAUAAGAAGUCUCUGCUGGCCACCCUGUGCGCAAAAAGGACUUCAGAAAUAGACAACUUCCAUAUUAAUUUAGAGAUGGUUCCAGGGCAUGCAAAAGUGGCUUGGCCCUGACGUUUCUCUCACUUUACAGUGUUUACAGAAUAUCUCCGGACAUAUUUGGCAAGUUGUGUUCUUGCAGAUGUGAAACUACUUCAUCUAUAAUUUCAGGAAAUCUUUUUUGAGGAAUGUAUCUUGUGCUAUCUAUUGGGCAGCAAUGUAGCUUAUUUAUGAGCUUUAUUUUGGUCAAUAUGACAGAAAGCUGUCAUAUUAUGAAGAAGCUUUGAGGGUCAGUGCAGACUGCUAUUAUUUAAAGGAUAUUUGAUCUGCAACCCAUAACCAGUCUAUAUAUUCUGAAAUUGAUCUCCACGAUGUUUUGGCUUGACAUUGAACAGUGUACUGCUGUUCACGUCAUAGCCUCUAAACCAUUGUGGCCAGGCUAGUUGACUUAAGAUGGAUAGAUUUGGGAGUUUUCCAGAUAUUCAUUUCUCAAUCGGUGUUGUCAGCAUCAGCCUUUAAGCUCUGGUUCAGAUUUAGACACCUUCUGAAAGUGCUCCUCGGCUGCAUUUUAGGUGCUGCAGCAACUUCGAUUUGUAUUUACAUUUAUGCUGUCCUGCCUCAAACGUUCUAUGAAGCACUACAGCAUCUAGGGUCUGUUGUCUAGAAUUAAUGUACGCAUGUAUUACCUUAAUACAGCUGGACUUAGGUAAGAGCUCCCAUUUUACUUUCACAUUUACAAAAGUUUUUUGCAGUACAUUACAGCAAUUUGGACAUGUCGGGAAUAUAGUUAUUAUUUCUGAAUAGUUUAACACAUGCUAGUAUGUUUCAUUAGAGUUGUGCAGAUGUGUUUUGAUCAGAUUUGAUUGGCAGCAAUGAAACAACCCACUAACAGUCAUUAAAUUUGGAUUCAAAUGUUGUAAAAAUUCUCAAAAAAAAUGUAUUCAUGCAAAAUCUGGUAA